CAAUUUUGGUUUCUCUGUUCCAAAAUAGAAACGAAAUCUUGAAUCUCAUUGAUGCGAUGGUGAGAUUAAUCCAAGAAGGAGUCUUGAUGUCUUCAUCUUCUUCCUCAACCACAAGCAACAACAACGACUCCGACGAUUCCCUCAGCCCAUCUGCUUCCACCAAAAGCUUCGUCCUCAACACUCUCCGUCCGCCAAUCACCGGCGCGUACAAGCCGCUCGCAGUCCUCUCUGCUCACGUCGGCUCUGUUUCUUCCUUGGCGCUCUGUGGUGAGUUCUUGCUGAGUGCGUCUCAGGGGAAAGAUAUCAUCGUUUGGCAACAGCCUGAUCUCAAGAUCUUUGCGAAAUUCGGACAAGGUGAUGGAUCUGUGAAGGCUCUGGUCAGCGUGGGAAGCAAAGUGUUCACGGCGCAUCAAGACAGUAGAAUCAGAGUUUGGAAAGUUUCUCGGAGAAACUCUGAGAAUGCUUUCAGGCUUGUCGACACACUUCCCACGACUAAAGACUAUUUGGGGAAGUUCAUGAAACAGAGCAAUUACGUUCAGACGAGGAGGAAUCAUAAGCGUCUCUGGAUCGAACAUGCCGAUAGCAUUUCGUGCCUUGCAGUCCACGCUGGGAUAAUCUACUCUGGAUCGUGGGAUAAGACUCUCAAAGUCUGGAGAUUAUCGGAUCUCAAGUGUCUUGAAUCGAUCAAGGCUCACGACGACGCAAUCAAUGGUCUUGUCGCCGGAGAUGGCAGAGUAUACUCUGCUUCCGCAGACGGAAAGAUCAAGAUUUGGGGGAAAGAGAAGAGAAAGCAGAUUGAGUCUACUUCUUCCUCUUCUUUACAUGUUCUGAAGGCUACAUUGGAGGGUCGUGCAGAGGUUUCAGUGAACUCGGUGGUGGUUUCAGGUGACGGGAAUUGGGUAUACGGAGGAGGAUCAGAUGGGUUUGUGAUGGGAUGGGAGAAGAGAGAGAAAGGUGAGGACUUGGAGGAAUGGAGAUUAGGGUUUGAGACAAGAGGACAUAACAUGGCAGUUCUGUGUAUGUGUGUAGUUGGGGAAAUGGUAUGUAGUGGAUCGGCUGAUAAGAGCAUUGGGUUAUGGAGGAGAGAAGCAAGUGGCAUACUCUGUAAAUUUGGAGUCAUACAUGGCCAUGAAGGUCCGGUCAAAUGCUUGCAAGCUUCGCCUAACAAUGUCGGUGCUGGCUUCAUGCUUUACAGUGGAGGCCUUGACAAGAGUCUCAGGGUUUGGUGGGUACCAAAACAUGACAACUUAGAAGAGAAGAAAUCAAGUUUUAAGACAUUGUUGAUGCAAAAGGGAUGAGUAAAAGAUGUGUGUUUUCUUAAUGGUUUCAUAUACGUUUUGGUUUAUAUUUGUAAUUUGUUAUUCAUUUUGUAAAGUCAUGAGGGAUUUUUUCAAGAAAUAUAUGAAUUGAAUUCUUAUUUUGUUAACAUUUGUGUCUACCAACUGUUUUGGUCCUAAUGAUACAGAACAGAGUAAAGUCUGGUGCUUUGGGGAUACCUUUGCUUUGUAUUGAAACUGUAGCAAUAGGAUGAUAGCUUCUUGGUUGGAUAAAAUAUUGUAAUUCAG